GGUAUGUGCAGAAAACAGAAGGAGGGAGAAUAGAAGGAGUGAGAGGAGAAAUGUCUUCAAACUUACCUUGUUCUCAAGGAGAUGGAGGUUCAUCUGCAGCCCCAAGCCAUGUCCUGCUACAGCCCAUGCCGGCCCUGCCAGCCCUGUGGCCCCACCCCGCUGGCCAACAGCUGCAAUGAGCCCUGUGUCAGGCAGUGUCAGGACUCCCACGUGGCCAUCCAGCCCUCGGCCGUGGUGGUGACCCUGCCCGGGCCCAUCCUCAGCUCCUUCCCACAGAACACCGCCGUGGGAUCCUCCACCUCUGCUGCUGUUGGCAGCAUCCUCAGCUCUCAGGGAGUGCCCAUCAAUUCUGGGGGCUUUGGCCUCUCUGGCCUGGGCAGUGGCCUCUGUGGCAUCAGGCGCCUCCCCUGCUGA